GGGCGUCCCAGUAAAGUCUGAUAAUGACGUUGUUCGUUCUGAGAUUAUACGGUUGAACUUGAUCUGGAUAAUUCCAGCGAAAGGACUUAUGCCCGCUUUUCUCUUAUCUUCAUUUUCGUUUCCCUCAGGUUCGUACUGACGGUCUCCUACAGGAUGUCUUCCGAACAACCCGUCUCCGCCAUGAGGCGUCAGUCUGAGAAGGACAUUACGGAUGUCCAUUCAAGCUAUGCUUCGAAUCGUCUUAUGGAUAAUGGCGAACAUAACAACGAUAGAACGACACGUGCGCCGACACGCUUGACCUCGUACAUUAGGAAGUUCGAGCAGCAGUUAGUCGAGUACAACUUCGAGGCUCGUGGUAUCGAACGGGUGCCAGAGAAUGAGCGGAUGACCAAGUUGACCUGGAUUGCCUACCUGCAGUCCUUUCUGCUUUGGGUCUCGGUCAACCUGGCAGCCAACAACAUUACUCUUGGCAUGCUGGGCCCUGCUACGUAUGGCCUCAGCUUCCGCGAUACUGCCCUUUGCGCUGUUUUUGGUGCUCUUCUAGGAAGUAUCCCCGCCGCAUGGAUGGCUACGCGAGGUCCAGUAUCUGGUAUCCGUACUAUGGCAUUCGGACGUUACUCCAUGGGCUGGUGGCCCAGCAAGCUCAUCGUCAUCUUGAACUUGAUUCAAAUGCUUGGUUAUUGUCUGAUCGACUCUGUUGUUGGCGGUCAGAUCUUGUCCGCAGUGUCGCCGCAUGGAAACAUGUCGGUAGCUGUGGGCAUUGUUAUCAUCGCCAUCAUUACCUGGAUUAUCGCUACAUUUGGCAUUCAAGUCUUCCACUACUAUGAACGCUUUGCGUUCCUCCCUCAACUCAUUGUGGUCUCCAUACUGUUUGGGGUGUCCUCUAAGAAUUAUGAUCUUUCAGCAUCAUCCACCGGAGAUGCUAGCACCAUUGCCGGCAACAGAUUGUCGUUCUUCUCCCUCUGCGUCAGUUCGGCAAUCACCUACACGCCACUUGCUGCCGACUUCUUUGUCUAUUACCCUCAAAACACCUCGAAGUGGGCGCUUUCCUCUCUCUCCCUGGCCGGGCUGACAUUUUCUUUCGCCAUGGCAAUCAUUUGUGGUGCUGGCCUUGGGUCGGGUAUCGCCAAGCAUGUGGAGUAUAGCGAAGCAUACUCUGUUGGCGCCGGAGCUCUUAUUGUUGAAGGCUUCAGCCCGCUGGGUGGAUUCGGGAAAUUUUGUGCAGUGGUUGUUGCCCUCGGUUUAAUCGCCAAUACAGUGGCUCCUUCCUACUCGGCUGGAGUCGACUUCCAGAUUCUUGGCCGCCACGCGGAAAAGGUUCCGCGAGUGCUCUGGAACACCUUCGGGGCAGUGAUUUUCACUGUGUGCGCGUUGGCUGGUCGAAGCAAUCUCUCUGAUAUUUUCACCAACUUUCUGGCCCUCAUGGGCUAUUGGGUGGUCAUGUGGGUGGUCAUCAUUCUGGAAGAACAAUUUAUAUUUCGGUUCCGUUCCGGAUACAACUGGUACGCUUGGAACGAUCCUUCCAAGCUGCCGGUUGGUAUCGCGGCUUUCAUUGCCUUUCUGGUUGGCUGGGCAGGUGCGAUUCUGUGCAUGGCACAGGUGUGGUACAUAGGACCCAUUGCGCGCUUGGUGGGCGAGUACGGUGCCGAUGUAAGUCGCUUUGUUGCUUCUGGUCUUGUUCUGACUAACCCGUUGUUUAGAUGGGUCUAUAUGUCGCAUUCUCCUGGACAGGCCUGGUCUACCCUCCACUUCGGUACGUGGAACGGCAGUACUUCGGUCGAUGAAAAUGAUAAAUUGUCUCCGAGCAUUGAAUAAUGUCUAUUUGAGUGGAAUUGGGUAGAAGUAUUGUGUUUGUACAAUCUGUUGAAGGGGUGGGGAGACAUACUACC